AUGAUCACAAACAUGGCAACAUCAACUUCAAUAUUUCUGACUUGUUCAACCAUGAAUAUACCUUUACUAAAACCUCUCUUAAUCUCUAGUUAGCUUUGACUAAUAAUCACAAAAAACCAUGGAUCACGAUCUCGACAAAUUCCCUUUACUCUCUUACGUCCUUCACCAACAUGACUCCAAUCUCCACCCGCCGCCGUCUAUGGCUGCGCAAGAAACUCUCCUUCCUUCUUUUCCUCUUCUCUCCGAUCCUCAGAUCAUGUCCUCGUUGACUCAAUCCAUCCCCACAACCAUCACUCAGACGCUUUUCGUCUUCAACUCUCUCGGCUCUCGACCGGAUCCCUUAGCGGUUUCCUCUGCUCGGUCCAAGAUCGCUCAGAUUAUGGAUUCGCUCUCGCCGGAGGAAGCGGCGAAGGAGUCGGAGAUUUACACCGGAGUUGUGCGGUUGGAUGAGGUACACGAUAGUUACGAGAAGAAGUUGAAGGAUAUAGAGGAGGAGCUUUCUAGGGUUUAUGCUACAGAGGUGGAAUCGUUAUUGAGAAGCGGCGAAGAAGUGAAUGAGGAGGUUGUUGCUGUGCUCAAGGCGGCUGAAUCCGGCGAAAUCAAUGAGAGGAUCAAUCUCUCCGGUCAAGAACUUAAGCUUCUCCCUGAAGCGUUUUGGAAAUUAGUUGGCUUAGUUUACUUGAAUCUCUCUGGCAAUGACUUGACGGUUAUACCUGAUGCAAUCUCGAAACUCAAGAAGCUAGAAGAGCUCGAUGUAUCUUCGAAUUCUCUUGAAUCUCUUCCUGACUCUAUAGGGAUGUUGCUUAACCUUAGGAUCCUUAAUGUGAAUGGGAACAAUCUAACCGCUCUCCCUGAGAGCAUCGCGCAUUGCAGGUCACUGGUUGAGUUAGAUGCAAGCUACAACAACUUGACUACAUUGCCUACAAAUAUUGGAUACGGAUUACAGAACCUCGAGAGAUUAUCGAUACAGCUGAACAAACUCCGUUACUUUCCAGGUUCGAUAAGCGAAAUGUAUAAUCUAAAGUAUCUUGACGCACACAUGAACGAGAUCCACGGGAUACCAAAUUCUAUCGGGAGACUAACGAAACUCGAGGUUCUAAACCUAAGCAGCAAUUUCAACAACUUGAUGGGUGUUCCUGACACAAUCACUGAUCUAACUAACCUGAGGGAGCUUGAUCUAAGCAACAACCAAAUCCAAGCGAUACCGGACUCGUUUUACAGGCUGAGGAAGCUGGAGAAACUGAACUUGGACCAGAACCCGCUUGAGAUCCCGUCUCAAGAAGUGGCUAAUCAAGGAGCUGAAGCGGUUAGAGAGUUUAUGAGGAAGAGAUGGGGUGAGCUUAUGGCAGAGCAGCAACAGAGGAUUGGCGUUGAGGCUGAGCGACAUGGAAAUGAAACCGGGUGGGUCUAUUGGGGAACCUCCAUGGUUACUAAUCUUGUUUCUGGAGUGACCCAGACCAUUGGAUUUUGUUGAGAUUGAGUUCUCGAUUAAAUCUGCAACAAGGGA